UUUUUUGUAUAUACUAUCUGACACUAUGAGCACUGUAGAAAAAGAACAAGCAACUAAACCAGUUGAAGAGACUGUUACGCAAAAUGAAACUACAGAAGACCCUUCUGAAGUCGACAAGGAACUUGAAGAUAUGAAGAAGCGCGUCAAGGAUAUGGAAGAUGAAGCAGCCAAGUUACGUGAAAUGCAGGCUGAAGUAGAGAAAUCCAUGCAUCCUGAAGAAGAUAAAGAAACAGUUGACAGUCGUUCUGUUUAUGUUGGCAAUGUUGAUUAUGGUGCUUCUCCAGAAGAACUUCAAGCUCAUUUCCAAUCUUGCGGUACAAUUAACCGAGUGACUAUUUUGUGCGAUAAAUUCACAGGCCAUCCUAAAGGUUAUGCCUAUGUUGAAUUUGCUGAACCUAGUUUUGUAAACGCAGCAGUCGCAUUAAAUGAAAGUUUAUUCCGUGCUCGUUUGCUGAAGGUCACACCCAAACGUACAAAUGUUCCAGGCUUCUCUGCUCGUGGAAGAGGAAGAGGUCGUGGUGGUUUCCGUGGUAUGCCUUAUUAUGGUCAUUCUCCUAUGUAUGGUUAUCGUGGUAGAGGUCGUGGAAGAGGCGGUUAUUAUGCCCCUUAUUAACUUUCUAUUCUAUAAAACAACUAAUAAAAAAAAAAAACUCUUUUUUCUAUCAUCACUGA